GCUUGUCACCAUCCAUCAAAACAGGAAAGUGGAAUUUAUCAGCAAUAACUUUUCAGACACAAUCAUGAUAAAUACCACAGCUGUCCCAUCAAAUUCCAGCACUGCAGGUUACAAUUUGGACAACUACUCCCAGAUAAUUCACCUCGUCGUGUCCAUUGUGAUAUUCAUCCUUGGCACGUUCGGAAAUGGGCUUGUCAUCUACGUGACAGGGUGCAAGAUGGAAAAGACUGUCAAUUCUGUGUGGUUUCUGAACCUGGCGUUGGCUGACUUUUUUUUCACGUUCAUGGCGAUCUUCAAUAUUGUCAGCGCCUCUCGUAAUUUUAUCUGGCCUUUCGGCGACUUCAUGUGCAAGUUUUACAGUCUGAUCGGCAUAGUCAACAUGUACGCCAGCGUUUUCCUGCUGACAGCGAUAAGUCUGGACCGUUGCCUCUCCACCUGGGUAGUGGUGUGGUCCCACAACAAUCGCACGCUGGCAAAAGCCUGGGCCACGUGCGGGUUAAUCUGGGUUGCAUCUGUGCUUUGCAGCAUCCCUUUCAUUACCAUACGUAAACUAAUCCCAGCCGGAAAUAGCAGCCUCCAUCACUGCGCGUAUGACAUAAACGGUACACUUCCCUUUUACAAGUCCCUUGUUUUUUCCCGUUUUGUGCUUGGAUUUCUCAUCCCCUUCCUGGUCAUUUCCUGCUCCUAUAUAGCCAUUGGGGUGAGAGUCAAGCGCCUCCACAGAAAGAGAAAGUGUAAAUCCUUGCGGGUAAUCCUAUCUGUGAUAUUGGCAUUCUUCUUUUGCUGGUUACCCUUUCAUAUAUUUGAGUUUAUAGAUGUGCGAAGGAGGGAGGACGAGGAGAAAAAUAUCAGCUGGAAUCAGGACACACAAAAAAUAUUAAUGAUUGUGGAACCUCUGGUGGUCAAUCUGGCCUUCUUCAACAGCUGUCUCAAUCCCAUUCUGUAUGUGUUCCUGUGUGAAGAAUUUCAGACAAAGCUGAAACAGUCCCUACUGGUGGUGUUGGAGAGCGCCUUUACCGAGGAGAAUAUGGCCUUUUUUUCGACUCAGCUCUCCACCAACUCCCGCCAUUCAUCUCAAAGUAACAAAGAGAGGAAGGACACCCUCACUUCCCCUGUCUUCCCAUUGGAAAAAGAGACAUUUAUUGAGUAAUGAGACCAGAAACUGACACAUAAUUCAAAGUAACAUGGAUGCAACACCAAGUACCACUUUUCUCUUGAAUUCCACUGAUGGCUCUGAACGACUAUUCUAACAGGGACACUGACCAUCUGAUGUGUGGUGUCAAUGGUCAGAAAUUGUGUCACCCUUUUAGAAAUCCUUUCUUUUGGGGUAUGCGUAAUAGAGCUAUUUUACAUGUCAGACAUAUGCGUCUAUGUAAG